AUGCUAAUCACCAAUGCCGGGAAGCAACCCGUGACAGACAAGGAGCUGCGAGGCGGCAGUCUGCAAGUCGCGGUCCGCUUUGCAAAGCAAUGGAACCUGGCCGGCGUCGUCUUUGCGGCCGACACGCUACUGCUAUGCCCGCGACUCGUCAAGUACGUGCAGAACUUGGGACUGAUAUGCGCGUCGUAUGGCCUCGAGAACAAUAUUCCCGAGAAUGCCAAGAUGCAGGCAGCAGCUGGCCUUGAUAUGAUCAUGGCUGACAGAGUCGGGUUGGUCGCGAAAAGCUUGGGGCUGCAUCCGUAUGAUAAGGUUGGCCUCUAA